AUGUCAAAUAUACAUAUAACUCCUGGAGAACUAGUUACAACUGGUACUAUUGUUUCAGAACUCCAUUAUGGUCUAUACUUACAAGAUUGGUGGAUCUUUUCAGAAGAAGAAAAUCAAUCUUAUCCUAUUUCUCUCUGCUUAGGACUUGAAAUUAUAAUACAACUAAACAAAAACCUUUUAUUAUUUGU